CUUUCAAUUUCGAUUCGGUAUCUGGACCCUUAUUUCCAAAGUGCUUAUCUCAUGCAGGCGUGAAUUGACUUCUGAGUCACAUCUUGAUGUUUAGUAUAACACCAUCAACUUCCGUCCAAACUUUUUGGAAGCAGGAUCCAUGCACCCAUUGCGAGUUUUUCCCCGUCAAGCGACACAUAAUUUCCUUCGAGCCUACAGUCAAAAGAUGUCUCAAUCAACCACCGACGUCAUAAUCAAGACCUACCCCCAAGGCACAGUUGAAGUCGCCAAAUACCGCGACCUCCAACGCAUAAACGACCUCGUCUACGCGGCCUACCACCCCUACCUCACCCGCCUCAAUGGCAAAUCCCCAGCCCCCAUGACCGCAAAUUACGACUUCUUAAUCGCCACCCGCAAACUAUUCAUCCUCCGCACCACCACCACCACCCCUUCCAACACCAUCAUCGGCUGUAUAUCCUUCCGCCUCGUCCCCAAAACCCAAACCUUGGAAAUCAACAAUGUAGCCAUCGAUCCCAGUGCCCAAGGCCAAGGAUUCGGAAAACUGCUGAUGAAGUUUUCGGAAGAUUUGGCUGGAGAUUUGGGGGUGAAGAAAUUGGAAUUGUAUACUAAUGUCAAGAUGGUGGAGAAUAUCGGGUUGUAUGGGAAGAUUGGGUAUGUAGAGGUGGGGAGGUGGAAGGAGGAUGGGUUUGAAAGGGUGUUUAUGAGGAAGGAGAUGGCGGAGGCGGUGGAUGGGGAUGGGGAGGGUGUGGAUGUUGGGAUGGUGGAGAGGUUGAAGAGGAAUUUGGCUGGUACUGGGGAGGAGGGAGAUAUGGGAGCGUUGGGUGAGGAUGCUGGAGGUGAUGUUGAGGUAGAUGGAGAGCAGGUUGCUCAACUUCGCGCCCAGUUUGGGGACUUGAGUAAGAGUCGUAUCGGAGAAGAGGGAAGGCAGAGCGGCCUAGGACUAUGAAGACAGCCUGGUUGUCGAAACCGUUGUUGUUUGCAUCCUAUUGCCGGUCGAACAAGUUCAUUGGAGCCUCGUUGCAGUGUGCCAGUCCAGGAAACAGAGCGUGAGGGUUGAGCAACCCGAACAUUGAUAAUUUCGCCACCGCAACUCGAUCUCUACAUCACUUAGGCUCACAGUAGAUUGAGAGAUAGAUGCGUUAGGCCACAGGUAUGACACAAAUGCUCGAAACU